AUGAAGGUCUUUCUGAGCGGAGGAAGUGGCUUCAUCGCCGCCCACGUCCUCGACAUCCUACUCGAGCAUGGCCAUACUGUCAUCACCUCGGUUCGUUCCCAAGAGAAAGCCAACAAGAUCAAAGAGGCGCACCCCAACACGCCUGCCUCCCAGCUCGAGUUCCGGAUUGUCAAAGACAUAGCACAGGAGGGGGCCUUUGACGAAGCCAUCAAGAUUGACGGCCUGGAAGCGGUGAUUCACACAGCCUCGCCUUUCCAUUUCAACGUCACAGAUGUCAAGAAAGACUUGCUUGACCCUGCCAUAAUCGGCACAACAGGUAUCCUGAAAGCCAUCAAGAAGAAUGCUCCCAGCGUGAAGAGAGUCGUCAUCACGAGUUCCUUUGCCAGCAUCGUCAAUCCAAGUAAGGGAAACUCCUGGACCGAGCACACGUACAGCGAGGAGGACUGGAACCCCAUCACGGAAGAAGAGGCGGUGCUGAACCCCAGCAAUGGAUACAGAGCCAGCAAGACGUUCGCCGAGAAAGCUGCGUGGGAGUUUGUCGAGAAGGAGAAACCAAACUUUACGUUGAGCACUAUGUGCCCUCCUUUAGUUAUAGGUCCAAUUGUCCACUACCUCAACAGCCUCGAUAGCCUCAACACCUCUAACCAGCGAACCGCCAACCUCAUGACCGGCAAGAACAAGUCUGAAAUCCCCGACACCGGUACCUACAUCUGGAUCGAUGUGCGAGAUCUCGCCCUCGCCCACGUCAAAGCCAUCGAGCUCCCAGAAGCCGCGAACAAGCGAUUCUUCAUCACCGCUGGUUACUUCUCCAACAAGGAGAUCGCUGAGAUUAUCCGCAAGAACUUCCCCGCGCUCGAAAAGGAAUUGCCGGCGAAGGACGUCAAGGGUGGAGAUUACCCGAAAGAGGGAUUAUAUAAGGAGUGA